AUGCGCUUACCAUCACUACGAGUCGUUGGGUGGGAUAUCCUUUGCAUACCUCUGCUGCUAUCCUCUCUCGCCCAGGCCAUCAGCAUCAACAUCAACGAUGAUCAAUCCAUCAAAGACGCCGCCAGCACCGCCGCCUUCGGUGCGAUGAGCUACUACCAUGGCAACGAAUCCGGCCAGAUCCCCGGCGCGUUCCCGACAAAAUGGUGGGAAGGCAGUGCCCUGUUCAUGGCCAUGCUGCAGUACUGGUACUUCACCGGCGACAGCACCUACAACAGCGCCGUGAGCGAGGGUCUCGAAUGGCAAGCCGGACCAGGUGACUACAUGCCCUCCAACUACAGCAGCUACUUGGGCAACGACGACCAGAUGUUCUGGGGCCUAGCCGCCAUGCUCGCCGCCGAAACCAAGUUCCCCGAUCGCGCCAACGGCUACUCCUGGCUCUCGCUCGCGCAGGGGGUGUACAACACGCAGGCCGGGCGGUGGGAUCCGGCGACGUGCGGUGGCGGGUUGCGCUGGCAGAUCUGGCCGUACCAGGCCGGGUAUACGAUGAAGAACGCGAUCUCGAACGGCGGGUUUUUCCAGCUGGCGGCACGGCUGGCGCGCUAUACGAACAACCACACGUACUACGAGUGGGGGGAGAAGGCGUGGGAUUGGAGCUGCACGACGCCGCUGUUGAAUAACAAGACGUGGAAUGUGGCGGAUUCGACCACGAUCGAGGACGGUUGCACGAGCCAGGGGAAUAACCAGUGGUCGUACAACUACGGGACGUACCUGAUGGGUGCGGCGUACAUGUGGAACUACACUAACGGGACCAACACGAAAUGGGAAUCCGCCGUCAAUGGCUUGUUGAACGUCACGCUGAACCAGUUCUUCCCGACCGCAUACGGCGGCAACAUCAUGUCCGAGGUCCUGUGCGAGCCAAGCGAGCUCUGCAACAAUAACGAGGUCCUGUUCAAGGGCCUUGUCAGCUCCUGGCUGGCGUUCACUGCUCUCUUGGUCCCGUCGACCUACAGCACCAUUCUCCCCAAGCUCCAGGGCUCGGCGGUGGCGGCGGCGCAGUCGUGCACGGGCAACGGCAACAGCUCCUGUGGAGUGCGAUGGCACACGUCCAGCUGGGAUGGCCAGACGGGGAUGGAAGAGCAGAUCAGCGUGACGGACGUCCUGUCCGUCAACCUGAUCACUACCAAGCAUGGGGGUCCGGUGACCUCGACCACCGGUGGGAACAGUACCAGUGAUCCGACUGCCGGCCAGGGGGAUAAGUCUGGGAAUACUCCGACGACGCACACAGUUACAACGGGCGACAAGGCGGGAGCGAGCAUCCUGACUGUUGGAUUUGCGGUGGGUUGGGUGAGUCUGAUGGCGUUUAUGGUGAUAGGGGGGUGA